UAUGGCUAUAAUGACAAUGUGUAAAUUUCUUGUAUAAUACAAAAUAUUCUUAUAAUGACAAAGUGUUUGCUACAUUUCUUGAAGUAGUGCAGAUAUAAUUGUUUGAAUUCAACAAAAGUUCACUGUCUUGGAAGCUAUGGGUAUUUUUGUAAAAUAAUGUUGUCAGCAUUGAUAAUAUUGGUUCAUUAUGUUGGAAAUAUUAUAAUAGAAUUUAAUAAUAAAACAAGAUUACUUUCACAAAAAUAUGUCUCUAUCUUGUCCUGAAGAAAUGAAUGAGACCAAAGAAAAACAAGAUAAGUUAUUUUCAGAAAAAAACCUUGAAGAAGAAAUACUUAAAUCAAAUUCUUCUGAAUCUAAAGAAUUUUCUAAAAAACGAAAAAGAGAAAAUGAAGCAGAUAAUACAAGCUAUUUAGAAACUAAACAUUCUCAAAUUCGAAAGCAUUCUCCAAAAUCAUCUAAAAGUGAAAAAUAUAUUGAAAAAGAUAUUAAUAAUACUUCAUCAGAUUUAUGUACCAAUAACAGUGAAAAGGUAAAAGAAUCAUCAAGCAAAAAAAUACACAGUGAUAAUACAUUAUUAGUUGUAGAACAUUAUAAUUCAGUAGAAAAUAAAUGUGCUGCUCUUAGAGAUAAAAGCAGAAUUUUAUAUAUGAGGAAUUUUAAUAAUUGGAUAAAAAGCAUGCUUAUAUUUGAAUAUAUUAAUAAAACUCAUGGACGUAAUUUAAAAGUAUUAGAUAUGUGUUGUGGUAAAGGAGGAGAUUUAUUUAAAUGGAGAAAAAUGAACGCAACACAUUUAAUUUGUACUGAUUUAGCUGAAGUAACUAUGCAACAUUGUCAAGAUCGAUACAAAGAAAUGUUAAAACGAAAUUCUGAAGAAAAAAGAUGUUUUCCUAUAUUUACUGCUGAAUUUAUAACAGCUGACUGUACAAAGGAUCAUUUAAGAAAAAAAUUCAAAGAUCCUAGUAUAUCACUUGAUUUGGUUAGUUGUCAAUUUGCAUUUCAUUAUUGCUUUGAAUCAUUAGAACAAGCAGAAUGUAUGAUAAAAAAUGCAAGUGAAUGUUUAAAACCAGGAGGUCAUUUUAUUGGAACUAUUCCAAAUGCAUAUGAUUUAGUUUCUAGGUGGCAGAAAUGUGAUGGUGACAGCUUUGGAAAUGAUAUUUAUAAUGUAAAAUUUUUUUGUGAUAAAACAAAACCACCACUUUUUGGUGCUAAAUAUCAUUUUCAGUUAGAAGGUCUUGUAAAUUGUCCAGAAUUUCUUGUUUACUUACCUGUAUUUCGUAAAUUAGCUUUAAAAUUUGGUUUAAAUUUAGUACUGUUUGAAAGAUUUGAUAGUUUUUAUGAACGUAUGAAAAAUGAAGGUAGAGCACUACUUACUAAAAUACAAGCUUUGGAAACUUAUCCACCUCGAAAUGAUGUAUCUCUUGUUGGUAAACCUGAAGAUUAUCAACAUAUUAAAGAAUAUAAUAUGAAAAGUUCAUCAAUUGGUACUUUAUCUCAAUCAGAAUGGGAAGUUACUUCAUUAUAUGCUGUAUUUGUUUUUCAAAAAAUGAAAAAUAUGUAGACAAUAAAGAACAAUAGUAAAGCAAAAUCAGUAAAGAUUAAGAAGAAUAAAAUAUUACUUUCCUGGCAUAAAAUUAUUUACUAAUUUUAUAUUAUAUGAACUAGUCUGUUAUAUCUAUAGAAAUAGGAAUAUAAUAAUCACUAUAGUAAAUAGUUAUUCAUUGAUAUUUAA